AUUCUUUGAGUACAUACUGCUCUACAAAGAUGCAGUGAUGUUUCAGAUUGAACAAGUUACGAAACUUUGCUCAAAGAUUGCUCUGACAGAGCCGUGGGAUCCCUAUGACAUUCCUGUCAAUUCAACUUAUGAAGACCAGUACUACAUUGGGGGGCCUGGAGAUGAAGUUAUGGUGCAGGAAUGGUCUGACAGAAAACCAGCCAGGAAAUUGGAAUCCUGGGUCGGCGUUUACACGGUCAAAGACUGUUACCCAGUACAGGAAACCUACACGAAGAACUACAGCGUGACGACCUCCACUCGCUUUUUUGAUCUGCAGCUCGGCAUCGCCGACCCCUCGGUGUUCACCCCACCCAGCACCUGCCAGAGAGGCCAGCUGAGGAAGAUGAGGGACGAAUGCUGAUGAUGGACACAAGGGCUGCCCCGGGCAAACAAAUAUUAGCCAAGAGGAUGUUAUUAGUCGUCAGCUGCUGACGUCUAACC